GUCACCAGCCCUCGUUCAACAAUUCGAAUUUCGUUAGUUCCAGAACUAUUUUACUGUGUAACAGUCUAAUUCGAAAGACCAGAGAGGGAGAAAGGCAAUGACGGGUACGACGGUACCGGCGGCAACCACACCGUCAACGUCACUGGCCGGAAUGAACGUGGGGAUGAGGCAACAACCAACUGCGUCCGAGGUGAACUUUUUACGGUUGUCUACGGUGGUCCAGCGGCUGGCCACUCACAUCCAAUCAGGCCGCCUGUCCCAGCCCGCCGAGUUCGCCGGCCUCUGCCUCUCCCUCGCCAGAGGCAUUGAUUUUGCAGUUGCAAACAAUGAAAUUCCGACCAAAACUCAAGAAUUGUCUUUUCUCUUGAAGCAGAUAUGCCAAUGUAGGAAUGAUCUCUUCUUACAAGCCGCUAUCAUGGUGCUUAUGAUUUCUGUUAAGAAUGCUUGCAAACUUGGAUGGUUUCCAGAAAAGGAGAGCCAAGAACUCUUUGCUCUUGCCAAUGAGAUAGGGCGUGCCUUCGGCAAUCUUGCAGAUGUGAGCACCAGUGGUAGUUAUCCUGUCUCUACUAUUUCAACAAUUUUGGCUAGAUUCUAUCCUUUCAUGAAGAUGGGCCAGAUACUGGCUUUUCUGGAAGCAAAG